AUGACGGAGCUCGUUUCCGUCGAACUCGGUUAUGGAGAGGCCAGGGAUCUUGAAGUCUUGGGCAAUGAGUUCUCGGCCAUUCGGGCUGCCACCACGCCAGCACCUCCGGCAUUUGCCACAUUCUCCACUAGCUCUGCGACAUCGAUGUCUCCCCACGUGUCGCAGAACACAAUCUUUCCGGAAAAGCUGUUAUCCAACAUCAUACAGUUCCUUCCAUAUGCCAGGGGUAGAGGCUUUCGAAGCCCCGUGGAACGUCCCCUGCUGAGUAGUAGCAAGAUAAGCCGUGAACCCUCGGUCCAUUGUGCCGGCGGCGACGGUCGUCACCCAUGGGGCAACAUUCGUCACUGUGCGUUCAGAAGGGCCGCUGUUCCCGGCAGAUGUAAUGACCGAAACACCCCGGUACAUGGCACCAAACGCCCCGAUCGCGAUGGGAUCUUCCUCAUACGGAUCGCUAGUAUCAGAUCCGAUGGACAUGGAGAUUAUGUCGACCCCAUCCUCCACCGCUUUAACGUGGGAAACCGUGCAGCCCGACACGUUGCAUACUUGGUAGGAUGCAAUUCGUGCCUUGGCCGCAACUCCGACGGCCGUGCUGUUUCCAUUUUUGGCAUAAGCCACGUUCUCGACGGCCCUUCCUGCAGCCGUGGACGCCGUGUGCGUGCCGUGCCCGAAGUCCGUUCCAUCGGUAUAGAUCCUAGCGCCAAUGAGUUUGUUGUUGCACUCAAUCCCAUUCUCACACCCCCCUUUCCAUUUCUUUUGGGUUGGGAGGCGACCAAGGCCCUCGUCGUUGAAGCUAGGGUGCUCGGGAUCUAUACCGAUGUCGAGGAAUCCGAUGAUGACGUUCGAGCCGUAAUCGGAUUCAUUCGUCACUGGCGAACCAAUGGUAAAGUUAUAAUCGAGGCUUUCAAGGGUGGACUCAUACCAGUGUUGGACCUCUGCAAGCUCUGCCGGUUUCAUGAUAUUAUUGACACUAACAAUAGCUAG